GAACAGUCAGAUCCUGUAGUUUGUUGUUGUCAUGAGCCAGCAGCCUGCGAAACGCCGACGUCUCGACAGCGACGAUGACGACGACGAGUUCGCGCAGCCCCGCCGCACUUCGCCGCUGCUGCAGUACGCCGUCACGGCCGCCCUGCCCACGGAUGAGGUGCCCCUGACUGGGUAUGCGGAUCUCGACACCGCCGAAAGCGACGGAACGGCUGAACGACGGGUGCACAACGGCGUUCCGCACGGUGCCUCUUCGGAAGGCAGUCACCUAGCUGCCGCUGUGGAAGAUGGUGGUGAAGGGGCUGACACACGAACGAUGGGCACGGCAGGUGCGGCGGUUUCUCCGGGUAUGCCUGUCGUUUUCGACGAGGACGAUGACAUUCCUGCGGAGUACAGGGGCCUGCUUUCGACGGAGCUCAUGAAUGUUUUUCUCGUGCCUUUCGAGUACAUCUGCAAGCAAAAGAUGACCACGGACAAGCUGCUGGCGCAGUACCUGCCCCCACGGUCAGCGGAUGGCGGUCAUCAUGGCACGUCAGAUGACAAGACCUAUCACAACGCGUACGGAAUUGCACCGGGGUUUCGCUGGGAUGGCGUGGUUCGUGGACGCGGUCCGGUGGAGUGA